AUGGGCAAUCUUGCCUUCAAGUGUUAUACUAGCGCGGACCAGCGCUUAGAAGUCGUCUUUCGAACCCAAGUUAGCAAAAACGAAGAUGGAAGCUCAUACCCGCUGCAAGUUGACUGUGUCGUCGGCGAGAAGGGGGUUCGUUUGCAGGCUCUCUUUGACUCCAACUGUAUCGCGCCCGAGACAAUGCAAAUGAUGUUGUUUGAAUUCCGCCAUGUCUACGGUCUCAUACAACAACAACAACAACAACAACAACAACAUCCAGAGACCGUGCUUCGUGAUAUCCAAGGCAUCAGCCCCGAAGGAGCCGAGCAACUGAAGCGAUGGAAUGCUGCAGCCCGUGUCCCCCGCGAAUCAUCCCAUCUUGCCCACCACCUGAUCGAAAAACAGUGUCGGCAACGUCCGUCCUCCCCAGCUGUCUGUGCAUGGGACGGGAACCUCACCUACGAAGAGCUUGAUGUGCAGGCGUCGAAGCUCGCCGCACGGGUCUUGCUCCCCGCCGGCGUCGGCCCCGACCGCUUCGUUGGUCUGGUCAUGGAGAAAUCCAUGUGGACUACCGUCGCGAUGCUCUCCGUCAUGAAGGCUGGCGGCGGCUUUGUACUGCUAGAUGCCUCUCAGCCUGUUGCGCGUCUCUCCCUGAUCUGCGGCAAGACUCGACCGCAGUUCUUGUUGGCAUCGGCCAAACACGUGCCCAUUGCCGAAGCACUGAACGUCCCCUUUCAGGUUGUGUCGCGAGAGAUCAUGGAUUCGAUUGAGCCGGCAUUGCGGCCGAGAGAAAUCCCAGUGCAACCGCAUAACAUCCUCUAUGCUGGCUUCACCUCAGGCUCUACCGGCGAGCCCAAGGGGUUUGUAAUGGACCAUUCGGCCUUCUCUAGUGGUCUGGACGCUUACUGCCAGCAAUGCAACCUUGACGCGCAAUCCCGCGUGCUGCAAUUUGCGUCGUAUGCAUUUGUGGUGAGUCUCACGGACCAGAUGGCUCCGCUCACUCGGGGGGCUUGUGUCUGUGUGCCCUCGGAAGAGCAGCUACAGAACAAUCUCGCCGGGGCCAUCCAGGGCCUGAACGCCAACUGGGCCAAGCUGACGCCGUCCGUUCUCCGGCUGAUCGAACCCAGCGAGGUCUCUGGUCUAGAAACCCUGAUUCUGGUAGGCGAAGGGAUAACUGCCUCGGAAUUAGCCCGGUGGCAGGGCAGAGUCCAGCUUUAUUCACUUUAUGGCCAAUCCGAGAAUGCCAAGGGGACCAUGCUGUCCAGCCGCAUGGAACCCAACUGCGAUACCGUCAAUAUCGGCCGCCCAUUUGCGGCUACCCCAUGGAUAGUCAGCAGCCAGGACCAUAACGUUCUCGUCCCCGUUGGAGCAGAAGGCGAGUUGCUCCUGGAAGGCCCCUGUCUCAGCCGCGGGUAUCUGGAGAACGAGGAGCAAAAUCGGAUCACCUUUGUGCAGGACCCGACAUGGUUAAAGCAAGUUCAUCAUCAUCAUCAUCAUCCACAUGGCUACCAGGGGCCCCGUCGAUUCCUCAAGACUGGGGACUUGGUGCGUUACGAUCCCAAGGACGGCACGAUCCGUCUGCUCGGCCGGAAAGGAACGCGGGUCAAGAUUCGUGGCCAGCGGAUUGAGCUUGCGGAGAUCGAGCAUCACCUGCGAGGGCCGUUUGCAUCGCGCGAGCCCCCCGUAGUCGAAGCCGUCACGCCAUCUGACGACACGAACCCGAUGUUGGUCGGCUUUGUGCCUGUCGGGGGAGACGGAUCUUUAUUCCUUGCUCCAAACGGGCCGUUUCGCCAACAAGCGCAGCAAGCAAUCUCUCAGCUGCGUCAUGCUCUCCCCAGCUUCAUGGUCCCCGCUGCCUUGGUUUGCCUCGGGGCUCUUCCCAGAACGCCGACUGGGAAGCUUCAUCGACGAAAGCUGCGAGAAGAGGCCUCCCGGCUCACCCGGGAGGAGCUCGCCGCGUAUACUUCCGAUGAGGUCGCGCAUAUAGACCCGGCCACGGAGCGUGAGAUCCUGUUGCAACGCGGCUGCAGCGAAGUGCUGGGUCUCCCGCCUGGCAGGAUCGGAAUGCAAGCCAACUUCUUCGACCUUGGAGGCAACUCUCUCACGGCAAGACAACUGGUCACUCGUGCGCGGCAAAGCGGCUGGAUCAUUACCAUCGCGGAUGUUUUCCAACAGCCAUCGCUGGCAGCGCUUUCCCAGUGCGAUCGGUAUAGCGAAGAAGCAGAGGACCAGAAUCAUCGGGUUCGAAAUCCCGAUCCGUUUGAAGCCAUCCGCACCGAGUUCCUUGGUCAGCUCCCGGCGCCGCCGUGGACGGCCGCCCAGAUCGAAGACGUAUUCCCAACCAUCGAGGGCCAGUCCACCUUCGCGGCAGCACAUGAGCUCGACUACUUCCUGUUCGCGGUGACGGGCGCCGUCCGUCCCACGCAGUUGCACCGCGCUUGCCAGACCCUCGUCCAGCAUCACACGAUUCUCCGAUCGGUCUUCACACCCUUCCAGGGGACGAUCCUACAGGUGGUGCUGCGCCAGGUCGCCGUGGAAUUCACGGUGGAACCCCCGAAAGACGGACACGGACAAGACGACGCAGUUAGCCGGGCCCAACGGUUCUGCGCCAUGGAUCUGAAGCGCCCAUACCGCGCCGACGAACCCAGAGUCAUGUUCAAGCUCAUCAUCCAGGACGCUGCUCCUGCCGCCGCAAGCGGGCCGCCGUCCGUGCUGGUGAUGCGACUGCUCCACGCCCAGUACGACGCGCUCUGCCUUACCACCAUCACCUCGGAUCUAUUAGCCGCCUACACCGGACGCGAGGACCACCUCAUCCGAACCGAAUCGGACUUCUCGUCCUACGUGCGCCAGUGCUUCUGGCACCGAACCCCGGCCGCACUGGCGUUCUGGAGGGACCUCCUCCGAGACUCUGCGCAGCCCACGCCUGCGCCCCUGGCGGAGCUCCCAGUGGGCGGCGGCCCGAACGAAGAAGGAGAAGCCAGCGUGAGCUUCGCGCGAACGAUUCCGCUGCCCGUUCCGCCCUCCGGGACCACCAUGGCGACCGUGAUCAAGGCGGCGUGGGCGCUGGUGCUGGCCCAGGAAACGCGCUGUUCGGAUCUGGUCUUUGGCCAGUUUGUCAACUGCCGCAGCUUCGAUCUCCCGGGCAUAGACAGGCUCCUGGGCCCCUGUUUCAAUAUCAUCCCUACUCGGGCGCGCGUCCACCCCCACGGCUUGCGAACGGCGCGGGACCUACUGCGGGAGAUCCAGCUGCAACAUAGUCGGAGCGUCGACUUCGCGACCAUGGGCUGGAAGGACAUCGCGGCCAGCUGCACGCAGUGGGGGGGAAGCGCGCAGCAGGGCUCAGUGGUGAUGUACCAGAAUUUCCAGCGCGAGGUUGAGAGUGAGCAGGGGGGGCUGCGGCUUCGGAAGAUCGGCCAGAUGUUCAAGAUUCCGCCGCUGAAGACUCUUUACGUGAUUGUCUUCCCCUCGGAGACAAGCUUGUCGGUGACCUUGGAAGCGUCCAAUGCGAUUCUUCGCGAGAAGGAGGCGGAGAGCACGCUGGACUCUUUGUGUGGGAAGAUAGAGAGGAUUUGUAAGUAUCCAGAUGAGAGGAUAUGA